AUGGGUCUCAUUUCCAAAGCCGUCUUCUCGUCUCUCGUGGGGACAACGAGUCUUGCGGCUUACCUGGCCGCCAAGAACCCCGUCAUCUCUCCCCUCGCGGCUUCCGACCCGAUUUGGACGUCGAAGCUAUUCAAGCGAUACAAUCCAUCCGCGAACCCCGCGACUCAGGAUGUGUGCAUCAAGCGCGUGCCGCUUGACAAAAUCCGACCCGAACUUCUCAAGAACCCGGGUGAUCUUGUCCUAGAAUACUGCCGUGGUAUUUGGUCCGGCUACGGCUUCGAGGUUCAGCGCCGCUAUCUUCAGUGGAAGCACUACGGCCCCGAAACUAGCACCCAGUUAUGGACCAAGGAACAGCUUUCCCAGAGCACCUAUGAGAAAGGAACCUGCCUCGUCGACCACUUUGAGGUUGUGGAAAAGACACCCACGUCCAUCACGGUACGUUGCGGCGACUCCCCUCGCAACCAGUCCUUGCGAGGCGGCGACGGCCUGUUUGUAAUUGGCGCCGUGGUGGAUGAUACGCGGGCCGAGGUCGAACUCACCUUGAAAAGUUGUCUGUUCUCGAGCCAGGGCGAGGUAUUGGGAGUGAAGGGACCGAUGCCGCCUUGGAUGGAGGAGUUACAUCAGUGGUAUGCACGUAUUUGGUCCGAGUCUGGAUCGCGGCGCCUGUUGAAGUAA